GGUGGUGUGGUCAGUCGAGGUGGUUGGUGUUGAAGGUUACGGCAAGCUUUGCGUGGAGAGGAAGCUGCCAUCAUCUACAGAGAUGGAUGAUAUGUAUGUGGUACCUGUUUUUCACCACGGAGGCCGUUUUGCUAGAAAUCCCAGUGGAACUCUUGGGUAUAUUGGUGGGAAAGUUGAAAAAUUUCCGAAGAUGGACUUAGACUUUGUGAAUUUUGGGGAUUUGGUGACAUUGUUCAAGGGUUUGGGGUAUGCAUCAUAUAGGACAGUAUAUUGGUUUGACCCAACUAGCAGUGAUCUUGAGGGUGGACUGCACAUUCUGAGAGGAGAUGCAGGCAUCAAUGAACUCCGAGAGAAUAAGAUGAAGAAUUCAACGACGGAUGAAUUCUACAUUUACUUCGACCAUCCAGUUGAUGAGCCAAAGAUAGUGGAUGAAGCUACUGCGGCAGAAGCAGGGGUGGAAGAGUUUGAUGACCCAAUUGAUGUGGACAGCAUCAUGAGAAAGCUCCAACCAUCACCAUCCACAGAAGCUGAUGGGCAAGAAAGUGAGGAGGAUGAAAUGUAUAAACCUCCUCCGAGUGACUCAGAGACUGUUUCGGAUGAGGACUGUUCCAGUAUUGAUGAAGACGAUGAUAGGAUGAGGAAAAAAAGAAGUGUGAAAGGAAAGGAGAAGGUUCUGCCAAAGACAAAUAGCAGUGUGAAAGAAGGGACAGGGGCAGAGUCAAGUGGAGUUAAAAACAGAGGUAGAGUAAGGAGUGCAAGGGGUAGUGCUGCCAAAGGUGAUGGGCCUACUGUGAAGACCAGAGGAACAGCCAAGCCCAAAGAAACUGGGCCAAGAGAAAAGCCCAAAAAGACCAGGCCUGCUCCGAAGCCCAAAAGGAAUGGGCCUAAUGCAAAUCAACAAAGAAGUAGGCCUGCUGUAGAUGCUGAAGAACCUCUUCCUAAUGUGCAACCCAGGGAUCUGCCUCCAAUUGGACUCUAUGUGAGUGAGGAGGUUUCAGAUGAUGAUGAUCCGAUUUAUGAGUAUGCAUCAGAGGAACUCCACACACCAGUGUCUUCAGAGGAUGAGGGAGAAAAGCAUGAGUUUCCAGUUUUCAAUGAAGAGUAUGGGUUCGGGGAGGGUAGGUUCGAGAUAGGAACAAAAUUUGCAACAAUUGAUGGGUUCAAAGAAGUGGUAAAAGACAUGUUCAUUUCUGAAGGGAGGGAACUGCUGUGGAUCAAAAAUGAUAAAGAAAGGGUGAGGGUUGGCUGCAGAGGUGAAGAAUGUCCAUGGCUAGCACAUCUAUCCUACAACAAAACAUUGUUAUGUUAUCAGGUAAAGACUUACAAGGUAGAGCAUACAUGUGCUAGAGACCUGGGCAGCAAUGCAGCUGAUCAAUACUGGGUCAGCAAGAAAGUGGAGAAGAGAAUGGCUAGUCAACCUCAUAUGACUACUAAUGAGGCAAUUGAGUUUCUUAGAGAAGACUUUAAUCUAGUGUUGCAUCCGAAGAUGGUCUACAGGGCAGUGAAAGAGGCCAAAGAGAGGAUUAUGGGAAAUGAAAAGGAACAGUAUGGGAAGCUUAGGGACUAUGCCAUGGAGAUCAUUAAGAGUAAUCCGGGAUCGACUGCAAGAGUUGAUGUGAUCCCAAUCCCUCAAUCCCUACCUGUCUUUGACAAAAUAUAUAUCUCCUUUGAGGGUUGUAAGCAAGGCUUUAAGUCUGGGUGUAGGCCUUUCAUCCAUCUAGAUGGAGCAUUUUUGAAGACAUAUCAUGGAGGCCAACUACUGUCAGCGGUGGCACAGGAUGCCAAUAACCAAUUCUACGUAGUAGCAUAUGGAGUUGCAAGAUCGGAGACGAAGGAAUCCUGGAAAUGGUUCCUCACACUGCUUCAGGAAGAUCUGGGUGAUGCACAUCAAUUUGGUUGGAACUUUAUGUCCGACCAACAAAAGGGUCUGCUACCAGCCUUAAAGGAGGUAAUGCCGAGAGCACAUCAUCGGAACUGUGUGAUGCACAUGUGGAAAAACUUCAUAAAUAGGUUCAAAGAUAUGCACAUUAGAGACAUCGUUUGGGACUGUGCUAGGUGCACCACUGAACCAGAGUUCAAAGAGACCAUAGAGAAGCUGAAGGGGGUGAAUAAGGCAGCAUGGGAGUAUCUGAUGAGGUUUGAACUAGCCACUUGGGUUAAGGCUUUCUUCAGUCAUGGCCCCAAGGUGGAUAACCUAACUAACAACAUGUGCGAGGUAUUUAAUUCAAAAGUCGUUAAGUACAGAAUGAAGCCAGUUUUGACUAUGUGUGAGGAAAUUAGGUGCUACCUAAUGCGGAGAAUGACCAAGCAUAUUAGGCUGUUAGAGCACCAUAGUGGAAAGCUUGCACCCGUUCAGGAGAAAAGGUUGCAGAGGCUGAUAAAACCCAGCAGCAGGUGGAUUGCCGAAUGGGUGGGAGAUAACGAACGAAAGAGAUUUCAAGUUAGCAGAAAGCAAACCAAAGUAGAUGUGGAUUUGAUCAAACACACUUGUUCAUGCAAUGUUUGGCAACUGACCGGUAAUAUGGUAUGUGGUUUUGAUUUAGGCAUGCCAUGCAUUCACGGUAUUGCUGCAAUUAGAAAGAGGCAUGACCAGGUAGAUGAUUAUGUGCAUCCCUGGUUAUGUAUGGAAUUUAUUCACAAAACAUAUGCACAUUGCAUAAAACCAGUUCCAAGUGAGGAAUUUUGGGUAACCACUGACCAGCUGAGGCCUGCUCCACCACCCAUCAAGCGACCUAUUGGGAGGCCUAAAGUACACAAUCGCAACAAGGAUCCUGCUGAGGCUCAUAUUCAGGGUGACAAGCUUAAGAGAAGCUUUCAAGUGACAUGCAGCAAGUGCAAUGAGAAAGGCCACAACUACAAGACAUGUAAGGGAGCACCAAGCAACCCAAACUGGAAACCAAAAAAGAAAAAAGCUAAGAAGACUGAUGCAAACACAGAACCCUUGGAGCAGCUUCCCCUAUCACAAUCAGCCCCUCAACCAGAGGAUCAAAGCCAGACACAGACUGAAAGUUUGGCUGAGAAUAGUGCUGUGCAAGAGAAGUCUACAAAUCAUGUCAUCAGCCAGAAUGCUGCAGCAACAACACCAUCCGCUCCAGUGCAAAUUCCAUUCAAGCCUCCAUCCCAGCAGCCAAGAAUGGGGCAACCCAAAACCCCAGCUACUUCCUCCAAAUUCAGACCCAAGCAGACAAUCAGAAGGCCCCGAGCAAGUGCAAAUUCACCUUCAAAUCCACCUGCAACUCCACCCCCAGAUACAACCCAGACUCAAAGCACCAGUGCCAGUGUCGCUACAUCAGAGGAGACCUUCAAAGUCGCUGGCAGUGAGGCCAUAGGAAUAAAUUUCAUCCCAACUCCUGGAUCUAAGAAUCAGAAGAACUGA